AUAGUGUCGCGCAGUCUGGCAACCCUCCUGUCAAACUCGCAGCGCGUGCAGGUUGCUUCUGGAAGUUGGAAACAGAAGUUAGCGUCUUUGCACCUAGCAGUACAGAGCUGCAAGCUAACAUGGCAGGAAAGAGGGCGUUAGUAAUCCUGUCUAAAGGCGCAGAGGAGAUGGAAACUGUUAUUCCCGUGGAUAUUAUGCGCAGAGCUGGGAUAGCAGUGACGGUAGCUGGUCUUACGGGCAAAGAACCAGUCCAGUGUAGCAGAAACGUUGUCAUUUGUCCUGAUGCCAGUCUGGAGGAGGCGAGGAAACAGGGCCCUUAUGAUGUGGUCCUGCUACCAGGAGGAAUGCCAGGAGCCCAGAAUCUGGCAGAGUCUCCUGCUGUGAAGGAGGUGCUGAAAGAUCAAGAUGGCAGAAAAGGCCUGAUUGCAGCCAUCUGUGCAGGUCCCACUGCUCUUCUGGCACAUGGCAUUGGCUUCGGCAGCACAGUGACUACACAUCCUGCCAUGAAGGAGAAGAUGAUGGCUGGAGACCACUAUAAAUAUUCAGAGGCUCGAGUACAGAAGGAUGGACAUUACAUCACCAGCCGUGGGCCAGGAACGAGUUUUGAGUUUGCCCUGACGAUUGUAGAGGAACUUAUGGGGGCUGAGGUUGCAGCUCAAAUCAAGACUCCUCUUAUUAUGAAAGACUGACUGUAGCUAUGUUUUCUUGCAAGACUGCAAACAACACAGCCCCUCCCCCCUAUAAAAGUCUGACAGUGCUGAGACUGCUAAUCCAUUAUAGCUGGCAUCGAGAUUCAGGACUUGCUAUUGAGAAAACAUUCUGUUGCGAAAGGUUAUCGUCUUCCUCUGCCUUUCAUAAGUUGCCAAUGAUACUGAAACAAUAUGGAUAAUAAUCACUGUUAUAUUGUAGCUAAUUUCCACUAACUGCUUCCCUGUUAUUUUGACUGCUGUAUGGCAAUGCCUGUCAUUAAAGGACAAGUGUGAUGAAU